UUCUGUUUAGUGCCUGCCAUGUGUUUGGACAAAGUCUAGAUAGCAUGCCGUUUGAGAACAAUGGUGUAUGCAGCAAAAUGAUCUGCAACACAUUGGAGAAAUUGAAUGAAUUAAAGAACUGCAUGGUAGUGGUUGGUAACCUUCAAGUUUCGCUUUUAGAGAAAACGAAGAGAGACGAUUUUGAGGGAAUAUCGUUUAAUCUCAGAGAGGUUACUGGAUAUGUGGUGUUCUAUCGAGUGAUUGGUUUAGAGUCAAUCGGACAGUUGUUCCCGAACCUGACUAGAAUACGAGGAGCACAAUUAUUGAACGACUAUUCACUGAUCGUUUACGACAUGCCCAAUCUCAAAGAGAUCGGCUUGUACAGUCUGUUGAGAAUAGAUCGGGGCGGGAUAAUAGUGUGGCCGCGCCGCAGGGUAUUUACCCUGAACACGAUCAAUUGGAAGAUCAUAGCGCCCAGGUCCCGCCACGUGCUUGGCUCGUCCGACGUUAAGAUGCAAUGCGUCUCCACGUGCGGGGUGUACUAG